AGUGAUAGGAUUAAAAACUAAAAAGUUCGAGAUCGCAAUAAAUAUUAAAUAAUAAUAAGUAAUAUUACCGGUUUUAAAACUAUACAUAAUUGUUACGUACAAAUCAAAGUAUUCAGCGCAAUAGAACUAUAGGUAGUAGGUAGUACAGUAAGCAUUCAGUACCCUCUGACCUUUAAACUAAUCGAUAAGGCUGUAUUCAUAAUUAUGAAUUUAAUUGGGUACAACUUUUGCAGAUUCAAUAUUUUUUAUUUCUCACUUGAAUUUGUUAUAAACUAUAAAUAAUAAUACACUAUAAACUAUAAUAUAUGUAUUAUUAAAGGCACUUAUUAUACUGAUCGUUUUAUUAUUCUAUAAAUAUUAAAUAUAAGUUAUUUGAAACAUGGAUGUUUUGACAAAUUGUAUAUCCAAAUUUUGUUCAUUGCCACCUUCAUGUAUUGUUGGGGUGACAGCAGCUGUUGGUUUUAUAAAUUAUUACUUUAUGUUUGCAGUUAAAGCUCCCAGAAUACACUGCAAAGAAGGUGAAUUUAAAAAUUUUAUUCGUCAAAAUGUUCCAAUUAUCAAUGAAAAGUAUUGGCCAACAAUGUGGUGUUUUGAAGCUAGAUUUCAAAGCGUAUUAGCAAGUUUGAUUCGAUCAUUUAUAGUUCCUCCAGCACCAUAUAUAAGAGAAAUAUUUAAAUUAAAGGAUGGAGGUGAAGUGGCAUUGGACUGGCUGGAACCAAUGAAACGUCCUAACGAUAUGUAUGAUGCAACAAUUUUGUUUUUGCCUGGAUUAACAGGUGACAGUAAAUGUGAGUAUGUUCGAGCUACAUCAUUGGCUGUGCAAAAAUCUGGAUUCAGAAUUGUUGUUUUCAAUUAUAGAGGAAUUGGUGGUAUUGAAUUAAAGACUCCAAGAACUUAUUCUGCUAACAAUAUUGAUGACUUAACUGAAGUUGUCUGCCAUAUAAAAAGCAAGUAUCCAGACACCAUUUUAGGUGGAAUUGGUGUAUCUAUGGGCGGACUUUUAUUGGGAAGUUUUUUGCAAUCUAAUGAGCAAUAUGUUCACAAAUACUUCUCUGCUGCCAUGCUAAUUUCAGUUCCAUGGGAUUUAAUUGCAACCACACAAAAUAUAGAAAAACCAUAUUUAAAUCGUUUUCUUUGUUUGUACUUAGCAAAAUGUCUUUGUAAUCUUGUUAAAAAUAGUAGCAAUAUGUUAAGUUCAUCAAGUCAUAAAUGGGAUUAUAAUCAAGUUAUUAAAAGUAAAACUAUAAGGGAAUUUGAUGCAAAUUAUACAAUCAAGUUAUUUGAACAUGAAUCUGUUGAUGAUUACUAUAAAAAAGCAUCACUUCAUGAUAAAUUGGAUCGUAUCAGAGUGCCUUGUUUGUGUUUGAAUGCUGCUGACGACCCAUUUUGUUUAGAAUCUGAUCUGCCGCUAGAAAGUGCUGACAGCAUUGAAAAUGUAGCAAUUUUGGUCACAGUAAAAGGUGGGCAUAUUGGGUUUUUAGAAGGUAUUUGGCCAUUUACUAAUAGUAAUGAAUUUAUGUUUCGUAUAAUUGACCAAUAUUUCAGCUCAAUAUUUAAAAAUAAUAACUAUAAGAAAUAUGAUAGUUAAAAUUGUUAUUUUUGUAAUACAUUUAGAGUUAAGUGAAUUUACUACUUUAGAUAAAAUAUAUGAUCAAAUAUUUUAAU